ACUACUUCCUUCUGGUUUUCUCUUCUAGAAGCAGUGCCAAGUUCAUAGCACCAUUGGGAUGCUUGGUCUCCAGGCAAAAGCACACUCUUCCUGACUUGCCAUAUGACUAUGGAGCUCUGGAACCUCAUAUUAAUGCAGAGAUCAUGCAGCUGCACCAUAGCAAACAUCACGCCACCUACGUGAACAACCUGAAUGUUGCGGAGGACAAAUACAAAGAGGCACUGGCAAAAGGUGAUGUUACAACUCAAGUGUCGCUUCAGCCUGCACUGAAGUUCAAUGGUGGGGGUCAUAUCAAUCACACCAUCUUCUGGACAAACCUUUCACCUAAUGGAGGAGGAGAGCCUAAAGGAGAAUUGAUGGAAGCCAUCAAGCGUGACUUUGGUUCCUUCGCAAACUUCAAGGAGAAGCUGACAACCGUAUCAGUUGGUGUUCAAGGAUCAGGCUGGGGGUGGCUUGGCUAUAACAAAGAGCAGGGGCGCCUACAAAUAGCAGCUUGUGCAAAUCAAGACCCUUUGCAAGGAACAACAGGUCUCAUUCCUUUGCUAGGAAUCGAUGUAUGGGAACAUGCUUAUUAUCUGCAGUAUAAAAAUGUUCGACCUGAUUAUUUGAAAGCCAUCUGGAAUGUGAUCAACUGGGAGAAUGUGUCUUCAAGAUAUGCAACUUGCAAGAAGUAGAGUGGCAUUCUUGCACAGACUACUAAAAUGUCACCACUUCUACUCUGAUACCACUCUUGUAGUAGUGCCUGUGGCUUACAAAUGAAUUGCUCUACUGCAGAAAGCACUUAGCUCAUCCAACAAAAGCAUUUCAUGAUCAAGCAAAGUGUCUGCCUGUUUAAUUCUGUGAGAGCUAUUUACUUAGACUUUUGAAGCUUUAAACUGUUGUGCAAUAAAGGGAGACAAUAAUCUUUUCCAUUGCAUAUAGAAACAUAGAUCACCUUGCUGAAGCUUAUUGAGGUAAUGGAUUUCCUUGUUGCACUAAAAUACCUAAGUGGAAACAUGUACUUCAUGUUGCUGUAAACAAAUAAAACUCAAAAGAAUCUUCUGUAAC